AUAAAUUCACUGCAGUGUAGUGAAUUUAGUACUUAUCGAUUGUGAUUCUUGUGAUAUGAUAUAGUUUUCAUAGUUUACCAUGAUGCUUCAUUAUAUUCUCAUAAUAUUGUAUAUUUGUGCUUCUAUUAAUGGUGAAGAAGUUCAAGAAUCUACAUUUGUAAUAUCCUUAAACGACACAUAUUCAAAUGAAGAGCUAUACAGCAGCAUAAUCAAUAUACAAAGCAAAUCUAAAACCCAUUUCCAAUUCACCAAUGUUAACAAAAACAUCUCCUUUAUUGUCUUUCAAAUGCAUAGUCACCUCUACAAUAUAACAAUGCGGAAUGAAACUUGUUUCAAUAACAAGUACCGUGCCUGCGAGACAUUAACGGGGACGAAUGUAGGAUUAUUCAGCACGACGGAACCUAUAUCUAACAUGUCUGUGACUAAUCCAAAUGAUUUGGAUUUGAAAGUAUUGAUAGCAGUCCAUGGAUAUAUUUAUGACGACCCGGUACCAGGUGGCUGCAACUUAGAUGGUCCCAUAGAAAUACCGGCGUUCGUGUCAACAGCUGCCUCACCACACAGAGACUAUAUCAGCGUGACGGCUCCAGCGCCAAGCCCUAGCUUAGCUCCUAAUAUGUGUGAACAGAGCCUAGGAAGCCUGAUCUUUUAUAGGCUUUACUUACCUGAGAGGGACUUUAGUAUAGACACGUAUUUUGCGGGGAUAAAAACUAUGAUGAGCUAUUCUAGUGUUUUGGAGCAUGGUGAAAAAAUACCCCAAACUCACCCAGCAUACGUCCGCCGUACCGUAAGCGCUUACCCUGGCACGGGGGCAGUGUUCGCAGCAGUAGCACUAUUUGCUACCAGCAACGGCAGUGUGACAACUCCUCGGUGGUCCAUAUACGUGCCGACGGUCACGUAUGUCUGCUCGCCUUUGGUGGAGGGGGAUUGCAUGUUGCUUGGUGACCUGCUAUCCCAAACCCUCUGCGCGUCUCUCCUCUUCGUUGGUCUGUUUGUGUGCUACUUCGGUCACAAGUUCUUCAAGACUGAGAUGUUCAUUUUCGGAAUGCUGAGUGGAGUCGUCGUCACUUAUAUACUGAUUUCGCUGAUGGCUGAGAUGGAUCAAACGCCUCUGAUCGGUGCGUCUUUUCUCUCCGGGAUCCUGUUUGGCUUCAUAUGGCUGACGUUCUGGUGGUUCUACGGCAUCCCAGUGUUUUCCGUGCUUUUAGUCACUCUGACCUUCGGGUUUUUCGCUGCCUGCGUUCUGUACCAUCAAAUUCCUGGUGGCCUGAUAAUGCUGCUGGAAGACCUAAACUUCUGGACCCUAUUCAUCCUAGUGAUGCUCCUGACAGCAGUAAUCCUUACACCAGCUACUUAUCCAGCUAACAUUCUGUGCUGUUCUGUUCUUGGCGCUUACGCGGCCAUUUACCCUAUAGACUAUUGCUUGGGAUCCAAUUUGAAGUACAUCAUCAUCAAUACUGUGAGACGGGCCACUGUUGAGAAGUUUCAUUAUGCUGUGUUGUCGCCACCUUUUGAGAAGAAUGAUGCUCUGCUAAUUCUCGUAUGGGUAAUGUUGGCCACAACGGGGUUCCUGUUCCAACAUUACCACAAUCGCGGGAAACCGCCCUUCCCUCCCCCGCCAAGGAAUAUUCGAGAAAGACCUGAGGGUUAUGGUUCUAUCACGCCUUACACACGUUUGGGCGAUUCUUCGGACCCACCAUUCCGGUCUACAGUCAAUCUCAGAAGCAACGAAAACACCCCACUGCUGGCCUAAAAUGACACUUAAUCGCAUGUACCGAAAUCUUGUUUUCCUAUUUGAAAAUUAUCGCUCCUUGAUCUCGCAAUUAAACGUAAAAAAAUUUUCUUUUUCUGCAUUUAGUUUUGCAGAUUUUUUUUGCUAAAAAUACUAACAUUUAUUAUAUUAAAAUGUUUAUUUUAUUAUCUACAGUGGGUACUAAGUUAUCCGUGAGGAGGGCCGUAGUCAGCUCUCUAUAUUUUUUUAAAGAGGCCUGUGUCACAAAGUUUUAACUGAAAAAAAUAUUUGAACAACAAAUUAUUUAAAUUAUAAGUAAAUUUGUAAAAAAUGCUUACUGCCUAAGUAAGACGGUUCUAUGUAGUCGAACCUUUUUAAGGUUAACUUAUAUUUAUUUUAAUAAUAUGGUGAAAAGGUUGAAGCGUAAAUUUAUUUUUUAAAUCUUUAUUUUUUGUUUAAUUUAGGACUUAGUUUUAUUCCUAGUGUUACCAAAUAUUUAAAAUCGUUAAGACUGUCGUCAUUUGUGAUAGUAUAUGUAUGUAUUUUAGAAUAAUGUACCUAUUAUCAUUACAUUAUGCUUACACGGAGGUUUUUAAUGCUUUUGCUGGACGCGCAAACUCAUCUGUGUAGAACAUAUUCAAAGAAAAACUGAAAAAAGCAAUUUUUUAAGCCGCAUAUUUGCUGCCUAUGAAAAUACAUUGCGAAAUAAAAUGUAAUCGUAAUAAAAAUAAUCAAUUGAUGUUAUAAAAGUAAUUUACCUAACUCAAAAUAGGUACAUUUAAUUCAUUUUACCUACUUUCAACUGAAUUGUAUUUAAGAAUAGCAGACCAUGUUAACGCCAUAUUGCACAAACACAAAAAAACUAAAAUCCGUUUAGAAAGAAUUGUCAGUAGAAAGAUUAGCCAUUCAAAUCAAAUGCAGUUGAGGGAUGGACAGACAUCAUACACAGAUCUCUACUAUUAGACGGAGCAUUGAAGCACAGUAGCACAGUAUAAUAAAGAGUACUAUCGUACAGUAUGGCCACUCCCGCUCCCCGCUGAAUGUGCCGCCCACCCCCUCUCGGUUACCUCACAGUUUCCACCUGUCAAAAACGCGAACAGUCGACCUGUCGUAUUUCACUCAUACAAACAUAGUACGCGUUCACCUACACGAGCUUAGACUGUGUGCUAGGAACGCGCCUCUUUCAUAUAUUUGAUCGCCAGUGUCCGAGGUGUGGUGACAGUAGUAACCAUACGUCGCACUCCAUGGAGCAUUUUGCGGGCACGUCAGAUGGUAAGGUUCACAAAUCGAUCAAAUACUUUUUCGAGUAGUCAGUAUAAGGUAUUUGUACUUAGUAUUUGGUACUCAGUAUUUAUAAUGUGCAAUUUCAAAUAUCUUAGCAAAUAAGGCCGUAGGUUAAAAUAUUAUUAAUAAUAAUAUAUUCGCAUAAAUUACAUCAAAUAUAUUACCAACAUACUAUUCAAUGAUAUUUGUAUUUUAAAUUUAAUGCAUGUAAAAAAUAGAUACCUAAUUAACGUACAGCCUUAGUUGCUAAGAUAUUUGAAAUUGCACAUUAUAAAUACUAAGUACCAAAUACUAAGUAAAAAAGGUAUUCUGAAUACUCGAAAAAGUAUUUGAUUGAUUUUUGAACCUUACCAUCUGACGUGCCCGCAAAAUGCUCCAUGGAGUGCGACGUAUGGUAGUAACUCUUCUAACGAACUUACGCCGCGCGGUAUGUAUGUGUGCGUGCUCUGUUCGUACACAACACAUGUAAGCGGAUGAGAGUGAAUGGGAAUGAAUCUUUAUCAUCCCCUUACAUGUGUUGCGUACGAACACAGCGCGCACACAUAGGUACAUACUGCGCGACAUAGUAUAUAAGUGCCGCCCACCCGCUCUCGGUUAUCUCACAGUUACCGCCUGUCAAAAACGCGAACAGUCAACCUGUCAUAUCUCACUCAUACAGGCAUGGUACGCGUUCACCUACACGAGCUUAGGAUGUGUGUUAGGAACGCGCCUCUUUCAUAUAUUUGUCGCCAGUGUCUGAGGUGUGCCUGUAUACUCUCGGGAUAAAAUGUCAGUGUCUCCUCAUUGCGCUGCUCAAAUCGUGGUUUUUUAUUUUACCAGUAAAAUUGUACAUAUGUCUGGUAACCACGCGUUUUGUAAACUUCAUAAUCCGGUAUGCAGUCUGUGACAGACAGAUCUAAACCAAUUAUAAGCGUAGAUAAUCAGGAUUGUUUGAUAGAGGGGUGUGUUUCUGAUAGAAUUCCAUUAUAGGGCAGAUAGGGUGCUGACACUAGUAUGCACGAAAGUGAUGUUGUUAGGAAAAAAGUACCGCAUGGUAUACAAAUGUGACGUUAUGAAGUAAAAUAUACCACUAUCGCUUGGCAUAAGGACGCUCUGACAGGUAAAAAUAUGCAAGCAAAUUUCGACUUUCCGGUAAGCGACUAUGUGGUACCUUUUUCUUGAAUUGUGUCGCUUAACUUCAAGAGUGGGUAAAUCCAUUCUGCUGUAAGGUUGAUUAUCUUUCAGAUCAUAUUAUAUUUUUUUAUAUAAUCAACCUUAUAGCAGAAUGGAUUUGAAGUUAAGCGACACAAUUGUACUUCAGUAAUACUUGCAUACUAGCUAUCAAAGGCUGUCUUACGGCCCGGCCAUGACAUAGGUCUAAGCGCGAUAGCGGUGAGCGGCAGCCAUACGUGCGAAUGAAAAGUCCAUCGCUGUGUCUCGCUCCAAUGUAUGGCGCGUUGGCACCGUAGUAUUGGUACCUUUCACUUUACCUACUACUUAUAUAUGUGACCUACUUAAUAAGUUUAUAACAGGAAAGAUUAUGAAAAAUAUUAAUGUU